UUUGGCUGCAUCAGAGACCCCAGUGCCGAUCUACUGUUUCCCCAUCACCAUGGAGGCUUCUCUUGCCUUCUGCAUCCUCGCUGCUCUCCUGGCUACGGGGGCCUGUCUGCAGUGUGAGGUUUGCUUUGGCCUAGGAGUGAGCUGCAGAGGCGACCUACAGACCUGCGCGGCUGGGGAAGACUCCUGUGGGGUCGCGCUGACCGAAUCCACGCUGGCGGGAAUUAAGACCCACAGCAUUCUCAAGGGCUGUAUGCCAUUGAGUCAAUGUAAAGCCAGCCCCGUCUCUGUGAAUUUUGGGCAGGGAAUGAGAACACAGACAAGCUUUGCCUGCUGCUUGGGAGAUACCUGCAGAACAAGCACCAUUACAGUGCCCCCGGCUAACACCACCCUGAACGGCCGGCACUGCCCAGCCUGCGUCGCUGUGUUUACUGAUCAGUGCAGUGAGAAGACCACACAGUGCACUGGAGACGAGACCCGAUGUGUCAACAUCGUCGAGACCCUAACAACUGGUGGAAAUCCAGUGCAGAUGGUCAUGAAGGGCUGUGCUUCCGAGUCUGUCUGCGCCCAGAUAAAAUUGGGUUCGGGGACCUUCGCAGGCAUCAGUGCAGAUCUAACCACGGCCAAAUGCACAGCGGCCUCCCCGCGGUGGAGGUAGCACCAGGGGCCAGGCGGGGUCUUGCUGCUGAAUCUUCUCUCCUGAUUCCCCACCCGGUGCAACGGCGCCGCCGAACUGAAAUACGCCCCUGCAGUCUGCGUCAGCCGCUGUCCCACCCAUGGAUUCUCGGUUCCCCGGAUGGAGUCAAGCCCCUUGAUAUUGCUGCACUGAAUGAAACAAACUAGUGACCAAAUUCUUUGGAAUGUAUUUAUUUAUUUCAAUGGAGAAAAAUUUAAUUCUCAUGCCUGGUGCCGUCAAGAAGCCCGUUAAGAACAGAAGCGUGGCCGCACCGCGUCAGGUGAAUGGUGCAGCUAGUCCAGUGUCCUGUGUCUGACAGUGGCCACUACCAAAGCUUCAGGGACAGUGCCCAGCACAUGGCAAUUUAGGACAGAGCCACCUCUGACUUCUCCUUCUGGCUUCUGGCAGUCAGAGGAUUGCGGAUACUCUGAGCAUGGGAUUGUGUCCAUGCCCAUUUUGGCUAAUAGCCAUUGAUGGACCGAUCC